AAUGACAGGCGAGGGGAGGUGACUGCAGCUGGGCCUGUGGAGACUGCCCGCCCGGCUCGCCGGAGCUCGCCCGGUCCCAGCCAGCCGGCUCGAGUGGAGAGAGGAGCGGGGCUUCUGCGGUCGGCUACUCAGUGUCUUGAUCUCAAGUUGCCUCACUGUGGCUGAGAUUCCUAAUACAGAUACAUCGUUUCGUUUUAAUACUCCCAAAGAAACAGAAUAACCUUCAAGCUGGCGAAAGCAAUGGUUCACAUAAAGAAAGGCGAGUUGACCCAGGAGGAAAAGGAGCUGCUGGAAGUCAUCGGGAAAGGUACUGUUCAAGAAGCUGGAACAUUAUUAUCCAGCAAGAAUGUUCGUGUCAACUGUUUGGAUGAGAACGGAAUGACUCCUCUAAUGCACGCAGCAUACAAAGGGAAACUUGAUAUGUGCAAAUUACUCCUGCGGCACGGAGCCGAUGUGAAUUGUCAUCAGCAUGAACAUGGGUACACGGCCCUUAUGUUUGCCGCGCUCUCUGGUAAUAAAGACAUCACAUGGGUAAUGUUGGAAGCUGGUGCUGAGACAGAUGUUGUCAACUCUGUGGGAAGAACAGCAGCACAGAUGGCAGCCUUUGUAGGUCAACAUGAUUGUGUGACUAUAAUCAACAAUUUCUUUCCUCGAGAGAGACUGGAUUAUUACACUAAACCCCAAGGUCUGGAUAAGGAGCCAAAACUGCCCCCAAAGUUGGCAGGCCCGCUGCACAAAAUUAUCACCACCACUAACCUUCAUCCAGUCAAGAUUGUGAUGCUUGUAAAUGAGAACCCUCUGCUGAUGGAAGAAGCAGCCCUGAGUAAGUGCUACAAGGUUCUGGAUUUGAUCUGUGAGAAGUGUAUGAAGCAAAGAGACAUGAAUGAAGUACUGGCUAUGAAGAUGCAUUACAUCAGCUGUAUCUUCCAGAAAUGCAUUAAUUUUUUAAAAGAUGGAGAGAAUAAAUUGGACGCCCUGAUCAAAAGCUUGUUAAAAGGCCGACCUUCUGACGGCUUUCCAGUAUAUCAAGAGAAGAUCAUUAGAGAAAGUAUCAGAAAAUUUCCUUACUGUGAAGCUACACUACUCCAGCAGCUGGUUCGAAGCAUCGCUCCUGUUGAAAUUGGUUCUGAUCCCACUGCAUUCUCCGUCCUUACCCAGGCCAUCACUGGGCAGAUGGGCUUUGUGGAUGUUGAAUUUUGCACUACCUGUGGAGAAAAGGGAGCAAGUAAAAGAUGCUCUGUAUGCAAAAUGGUAAUAUAUUGUGAUCAAACCUGCCAGAAAACACACUGGUUUGCACAUAAGAAAAUCUGUAAGAAUCUGAAAGACAUUUAUGAAAAGCAACAAUUGGAGGCUGCGAAAGAAAAGAGUCAAGAGGAGAGCGAUGGCAAACUUGAUGUCAAUUCUAAUUGUGUUAAUGAAGAGCAACCAGAGGCUGAAACGGAUAUCUCUCAAGAGGAUUCCAGUCCUAAAGAUGCUAUAGAAGAAGAGAAAGAAUCUCUUCCAAGUGAGGCUGGGUUGGAAGGCUUACUGGAUGCUCCUGUAGCUCCACAGGUAUCUGAGGAGUAAAAGACACACAGGGCACCUGCCAGCAUGGGUGGUCAUCACCCUGGCAGGUAGCUGGAAAACUCAUGUGAAUGUAUCUGUCCUCAUCGCCUCAUGACACCUGCAUGACACCAUGACAGGAUUCUACAUGUCACAGAAUAGAUGUUUACAGGAAAAGCUCUGUCUACUCUGCCCGAAUUUUCUAUGAUUUCUGUUCUGUAACUAAAAAUUCUUAUGGAAAUGGUUCUCUUUCAAAAUACAGGAAGAACAUUUAUUUCUAUUCCCUUUCUGAGGCUGGCUCACCGGCCAUUGUUCUCAAAAGGAAACAAAUCCCCUUAAAGAAGACGUGUGGGCUCUAGGAAACGAAAUGGACAAGCAGAAGAGGUACAGAAAAGAGAUUUUCAGGAAAGAAGAAUGUCACCGCCACAGAAAUAGGGAGUUAGAAAAAUCAUAACUUAUGUGUAAAUAAAAUACAUAUAAACAGCAUUUGCAAUAGUGAAGUUCUGUUUAUUAAGAUGCAAUAUAUGAAGCAAAGCUGUGUGUUAAAGGAUCUCUGCAGCAGUCCAGCUGAUGGUCCUUUCAUAUAGAAAUGAACCUGAGAAGUCGGAACUGUGUGCAGUUCCCAUGGUGAUGUUUGUAUUUGCACCUUCAGAAAACUCAGUCCCUCGGGAGGAACUAAGAUGUAUCCAGGCUUAUCUCAGCACGUGCAUUUACAAAAAGGUAACUUCCUGAAAUUUUUGAUUAAAUAACAGCUAAGCAUAUUGUGUACAGAAGUACCGUAAAACUCAAUCAUGUGCCAUGCUCCACCUGAAAGGCUGAUUUUUAUCUUCCUGUCUAGAAACUGACUUAACUGUCCUUUAGAGAAUGGCCUGGCUUCCGUUUUUAGCAUAUGUGAUAUUUAAACAGAGCUGGACUAUGAUGUCUGAAGAUAGUGCUGCAUUUCAAGGUUUCUUGUGUUGAUUUUAAAAUAAAUCAUGGCUAUGAAUAUAAA